UUUUGAAUCAAUAACGUUGUUUGUUGUGUUUUUUAGAUUGAAGUACGAAUACAGGCUUUUCCCUUUUGGGUGUUUUGCUAUGGUCCCCUUUUCUCCAUCUCUCUCUUGAUGUGGUGAAGUUGGAUGCUGGGUAGUUGGAUUCCCCGCGCUUUGAUCACCGCCAAGCCUGUUGACAGAAUCGCGCUAUGGGAUGACGUUGCGAGGGGUAAAAAAAGUGUGGUAGGACAAGAAAAGGCGAGUGCCAACUUCAAGCCAGCUUUCAUUUCGUCGUGAAGGCUUCCGUAAAAGACAAAUGACUGAGGAUGAUUGAAAUACCAAAGAAAAACGCCGCCCAAUUUCAAUCAAACGACUUGUGUGUAUCCAGGCUUUCUUUAGUGGUGCUGUCCUUUUGCUUUGGGUCUCUGCCACAGCUAAAUUCUUGGUGGCGUUGUUUCUGGUCGCGCUUCGUCUUCUCAUUGAAGAAUGCCGUCUUCUCCCUUGCUACGGUGCUGCUGGCGGAUGAAUUCCUCCACCUGGACGUCGUCGUACGGCCGUUCGGGUGGUCCUGGAAUUCCCGGACGCGAAAUCUUUUCCUCCUUCUCCUCCUGCGGGUUACCGAGGAUCUUGGCGGCGGCUGGAAUGUACUGUGUCACUUUUUUUUGUGGAAAUUUGGUCUUUGAUGAGCUACACGUAUUCUCGACAUAUUGGAUGGAGGAAAGACCAAGGGGGGGUUGAAGUGGCUAGUGGCUAGAAUGGAGCUGGGCUGGGCUGGAUGGUGAGGGUUAUGCGGUGGAAAUUAUAGAGGUUGUUGGAACUGCUGUGAUGUGUUUUGACAUGAUUGCAAGGCAGGAUGGAUGGGUGGUGAUGCUUGACCAACCUUUUUCGACAAUAGGGUUCUGCUUGGGCUCUUCUUCGGAUUUACGGGCGUCGUGAGCCGCUUGAUCCAGCUUCUGCUUGAAGCUCAACUCGCGGCCUUUGUGCGUGAUCUGAGGCUCAGGCGCGAACUUGCUGUUGGGUUCGGCGGACAUGAUGGGUGGCUGUGCUGAGACUUAGUUGAUUGGUGUCGGGUGAUAGGUGGGAAGGGGAUUCGGAUGCGAUGAUGGUGUGGUCGUCAACGUGGUAGGGCUGAGACGGUGGAUCGAUUUGCGAUAUCAGAUGGGCCGCGGAGAAGAGAGACGAUAGUGACAGUAGGGCGAUGGUGUUGAAUAAGGGUCCUGAGUUUCUUGUGAAGUCAAAUUGAGUUUCUCGAGUGUGGCGGAGCAACAGGCAUUGAUAGACUAGAAUGUGAGAUGGAAGGAGAAAAUAGCCCGACAGGGCUGGAGGAGCUGGGGAAGGGGGUUACUUCAAGUAAUACGGUAAGGCAGGCCAGGAUCCAAACGUGGCAUACGGUUUUGCGCGGGCUGAGGUGUAGGUAUGGGGCCGCUGGGAUGGACUUGGCUGGACCUGAAUGCAGCAAAGCAAGGAUUGGGCCGAGGGAGGGGACAGACGGUGACCGCGCGUCCCAGCUCCAGGCUAUGAUCGCAUAAGUCUGGGCGGGGGACAGGACCUUUUCCUCCAGGUUUUGGUUGGAGAAUUGGUGCGAUUCAAGUCGAUUUUCGGGGAGGACGGCUGAUCUGGUGCCUGCCGUGCUUGCCAUGGUUUGCUUGGGUGCUGUCGAUGUGAUGCAGGAAAGAUGGUGUGAGCCACCCGCAAACUGGGGCCUAUGACGUCAAACCGCCUAGCUCGGCACUGCAGUUCCCUUGGCUGCCCGCUAAGAUAACCUUAAAAUCCCCAGUCAGAAAACACUCCUUACCUUAUCGGCUCUUAUCGGACACAGGCUGCUUAUCGGACUGUCCCGGCGCUCUGCGACCCCUCCAUCCCACCACCACGCGACAACCCGCUUCCGAGCGGCGGCGCCAUUUUCCUCAACCAAAAAAAAAAAACUGAGCGGUGAUCUGAUCUGAUGUAAGGCAAUACAGACAUCAAAUUCCAAAAGUUUACCAGCUGUCAUUCUCCUAACCUUUCUGUGCACAGUUCUUCGAAUUUAACAGAGUUUACCGACACCCGCGCGCGCGCACUUUGCGACUUUUUCUUCUUUUGCCAAUCAUGGCGCCCAUUCCAAUCACAAUCAUCACCGGUUUCCUCGGCUCCGGCAAGACGACGCUGAUCCUCAACCUCCUCCCCCAGCUCAAGGCCGCGAACCCCUCCUAUAAGCUCGCCCUCCUCAAGAACGAAUUCGGCGAUCUGGCCGUCGACUCCCAGCUGGCCUCCUCCAGCGCCAUCUCGGGCGUCCAGGAGCUCCUCAACGGCUGCAUCUGCUGCAACCUCGUCGGCCAGCUCAGCGUCGCCCUCGCCGAGCUGCACGCCACCGUCCGCCCGGACCGCAUCGUCAUCGAGACGAGCGGCUCGGCUUUCCCCGCGACGCUGGCCCUCGAGGUCAACCGCCUCGCGCGCGAGACGGGCAACUAUACCCUCGACGGCGUCAUCAGCGUCAUUGACACGGAGAACUGGAAGGGCUACGAGGACACGAGCUACACGGCGCGCAUCCAGGCAAAGUACACCGACUUGAUCGUCUUCAACAAGUGGGAGCUGUGCUCCGAGGACCGCUUCGACGAGGUCCUCGACCGGGUGGGCGACCUCGAGGUGGAUAUCCCCUGGGUCAAGAGCAAAAAGGGCUGGGUCGGCGCUGACCUCGUGUUCGGCGUGGAUGGCGGUCUCGCGCAGGGCCUCAAGGAGGAGCAUACACAUGAUCACGAUCACAAGGGGGAGGACCACGCGCACGACCACCAGACCGAGGUCGAGGUACUUUCCAUCGAACUCAAAGGCCCCAAGGACGCCGCUGUCAACGCAGACAGCCUGCAGAAGCUCUUGCGCGCCGCGCCAAAGGACGAAGUAUAUCGCAUAAAGGCCGUCCUGACCGCGUCGUCGACGGUGAGGGACUCGGACGAGGACUCUCAAAUUCCUACGCCCCCGUACCCAAAAUCUCGGUACAUUCUCAACUGGGCCUUUGGUCGGUGGACUUUCACGCCCAUCGCAGAAGGCGGCGCUGAGCAUGCUUCCAGCGAAGGGGCCUUGCUGCGAAUGACGAUGAUUCUGGGACGGUACGAGAGUGGCAAGUGGAAGAAGAAGCUCGAGACUGGAUCAUUUCUAGAAGUCGAGGGCAGUGAGGGCGAGUUGGUUGUUACAAAGAUCGCAUGAAAGAAAUGAAGAGACGAAAAGAUAAUAGAGAUCCAUACUUACACGGCAUAAAAGGCGCAUAUGGGGAGUUUCAAAGUGGUACUUUGAGGUAUUGCAAUGCGCAACGAGCAGAAAGCAGGAGUUAGUUGAGAGCGUAGAAUUUAGAUCAACCACCG